UCUAAAUCCGCCUGCUCCGGAGCGCUUUGCCGGAAUCCGGAGUCGUGGCACGGGUUUAGAGCCCAUUGUUCUCUGCUGUUCGAACUGAAGCCAUACUCGAGUUUCCUACCAAACGAAGUAAAGGGGCUUACAUUUUUUUCCUCCUCUCCGAUAAAGCUCUGAAAUGGGCAGCAACUAAUAAGGAGAGAGGGGGCUCCGAAUGCUCCUUUUAUCGGCGCCCUAAGGAGGUUGUUUAAUUGCCCCAUGGGUGGGCAGCAGGCGGAUGCGAGACUUCCUCACACGGGACAGGGAUCGAGGAUCGUGCCAGACUAUUCAAUCAAGUUCAGAACUUUGGCUCCUGAGAGUGGCUGGAACCGACGAGAUCUGGCGGUCUUGCUGUACAAAUGGUUUAUCCACCAUCUUAAAAAUGAACUGGCAGCUCCUGUACCGGACUUAAUGGACUAAUGAUCGAUUUAACCGUUGGUAUAGACGUCCGUCUGUUAGAGCGGCUUCAGCAGUUCCCCCGUUUCUAUCCUACCUGCCCUCGCCCUCCUCCAACUUUACAAUUUCCUCCUACAGAUCCUUCGCCGUCCUACCCGCCGAAUGCCUUGGAACAUGAGCAUUGGGGCAGGACACAUCUCUCGGUUGCUGAACGCGGACUGAGGAAAAACACGAUGCUGGUGUUGGUUUUGAUGGUGACCGCACUGUUUGUCAGUGAUGUGGCAGGGAAAAACAUUUGCUUGGAGGUGCAGCAGCCACUGUGCAAACCUCAAGACUGUGAUGAAGGUUGGUUUUAUUUUCCAUCUCUCAACUCCUGCUACCGGUAUUUCAAUAUCAAAAAGACAUGGCAAGAAGCUGAGGAGUUCUGCAAUCAACUCCCACAUUAUGGAAAUCUGGCUACUGUGACCUCACCCAAACACAACACAUUCAUUUCCAGUAUAAUCCUCGCCAUGGAUGCAAGCAAGCCUUGGACAUGGAUUGGCCUGAAUGACAUAUGGAAGGAAGGGACUUUCACAUGGAGUGAUGGAACUUCCUAUAUUUAUAGAAGCUGGAAUAAAUAUCAGCCUGAUGACUUCCAAAACAGUGAAGACUGUGUGCACAUUCUUUAUGGAAGUACCGGUUACGGAUGUUGGAAUGAUUUGCCCUGUGAUAGCAAACUUGGUUUUGUCUGUGCCUACAAACUUCUCAAUGUUUAGAAGACUCCAGAUCCAGCCACUCAUUGUAUCCAGUGGAUGAUUCAGUGCCCUGAUUUCUUUGUAGCCGCUCUCACUGUCCACGGUGACUGUACUCGCUUAGUUUCUCAGCCAAUAAUAAAGAGAGUUGCA